UAGUGCUAAAAUUAGGAAUUUACUGCAAAUUAUAUAUCUUUGUUCAUCAAUCUAUGGCAGUGAUGCUCUUCCACCAGAUGCCAGAAGCUCAAAUUCACCGCUUUUUAGUUAGGUGUUUUGCAGCAAGAUGUUUUGUAACAUAAAAGAUGCUCACCAGUAAUUGUGAUUUCCUAGGAGUGUAGUUGUGCAGGAAUUGCAUCAAAAUAAAAGUAAAAAGAGAUGGGUUUAUUUUGUAUUUUUUAAUUGUGCAUCCAAUUCUCUACCAGCCAUUCACAAUAGUGCAGGUCAAAGUUAUGUUUGUUUUCAACACAAAUAAGGACUUAUUAGGAAUGUAUGCUUUCAAAAAUAACUAUUCGCUUCUUUUUUCAAAGCAUAAAGUUCCAAAAUGUUAGAAGAUUAGAGUGACACUGCAUCAAAGGUAUUAAUCUGUGUAAUAAGAAAGGCUUAGGUUGCUACAGUUAGACAAGCCAUCGGUAUUAAUAUGAAUUAUUUGUAUUAGGCUUUCAUAAAUAGGCUUAUCUGAAAUUUAUGUAGGCUAAUCUUUUUCCCUCUCUCACUUUUCUCAGUGUGUGUGAGAAUAUGUCCAGACUCCUCCUCUUUAUGAUAAUGUGACAGGAGCAUCUCCUUCUGUGAGACAAGCCUCCACUCCCAAUCAACUAUGUGAUCUCUUUUCUCCCUCAAAUCUGCUCCCUUUUAUGCUCCCAUCCUCACGUAUUAGCUGUUUUACCUCCUGCGAAUAAUCCAAGCGUGAAAGUUACUUUCGUUGACUGAAAAGUUUACUUUUUGGAACUGUUUUUGUUUUGUUUUGCCGCCACCGGUUCGCUAAGUCGCGCGACCAACAUGGCAACUCCCGCCGCUCCAGCUCUUCUCCCCGUGGCACCGCUCGGCCACCACCCGGCGGCGAGUUCCGCGUCUCCGGCCACUCACUCACCGCCACCUGCGGCCACCUCCGCUACAUCCUCCCCGGCUCCUCCAGCUGCGCGUCCGGCGCUUCUCCACCAUUUCCGGGCGGACCUCUUACUCGCGAACGGCACACAGUUGAAGACCGGAGUCGGCGUGGUCCCGGUGUCCGGCGGAGGGAAUAAGCCGGUGUACGCCACACCGUCCCCGGUGGAGAGCACCCCGCAGAACAACGAGUGCCGACUGGUCGAGGUGAAGGGAGCCAAGCUGGCAUCAUUCACCGUCAAAGACACGGAGCUCAUUUGCCUUCCGCAGGCCUUUGACGUGUUCCUCAAGCACCUGGUCGGCGGGCUCCACACUGUCUACACUAAACUGAAGCGACUGGACAUCACGCCGGUGGUGUGUAACGUGGAGCAGGUCCGCGUGCUCCGGGGACUCGGAGCAAUCCAGCCCGGCGUCAACCGAUGCAAGCUCAUCUCCAGGCAGGACUUCGAAACGCUCUACAGCGACUGUACCAACGCGAGUUCACGGCCCGGCCGACCGCCCAAGAGACUGCAGACGGUGACUGACGGCGGCGCGCACCACAUGCUGUCCCACGGCAGUCUGAUGCACGCUGGGAUCAUGCCUCCUGCAGAUCUGUCUGCUCUGGCCAAGAAGAUCAAACUGGAGAUAGGUGGUUACCACAGCAACCAACAACAUGGCUGCCACAACGGAGAAAACGGUGACCACAGUCCUGGAUUGGUUCUGGACCAGUUGCCCUUCAUGAUGAUGUCACAUCCCCUGAUCCCGGCCAGUCUGGCACCGGCCUCCGUUUCCAUGGCGAUGGGCCAGAUGAACCGCCUGAGCACGCUGGCCAGCAUCGCCAACAUGGCACAGCUCCACCAUGCCAACCCUGCUACCCGGCCCCCUGCCUCCGUCAUUAAGGAGCGAAUGCACGACGACAGCCCCUCCCCUUCGCCCUCGCUGGAGGAAGCCCAGAUCUCGUCCAAUCACAGCAGCAGCGUGUCCAGUUCGCCAUCUCACACAGACCGGGCUACAGAAAACACACAUCAGCACCACGAUGGCGUCACAUUAAGUCACUGUGUGUUGGCGCAGUCGGAGGUCAGGGAGUUGGACUCGAUGGAAUACGGCAAGGAAAGCAUAAGAGGGCGCAUUGAAAAAGAAUCCAACCCGCUGGCCGGUGAUAGACAAGUGUACCAGCACCCCCUGCCGAGCAGGGAUGGCUGCGAGAAGGCGCCGUACCCCGCGGGACAGAAGCUCCCAGCAGGUCUCCACCACGCUCCCUUCAUCUUCCCGGAAGGCUUGUCCUCCAUAGAGACCCUGCUCACCAACAUCCAGCAGGGUCUGCUGAGGGUUGCCAUAGAGAAUGCCCGAGCGCAGGAGAAGCAGGACCACCUGGAGAGGACCGAGCUGAAGAUGGAGCUGGUGAGGGAACGAGAGCUGCGUGAGACGCUGGAGAGGCAGCUGUGCAUGGAGCAAAAAAACAGAGUUCUCAUCCAGAAGCGAUUGAAGAAGGAAAAGAGAAGUAAGAGGAGACUUCAGGAGGCCUUGGAGGAGGAGGUGAAACUUCGAGAUCAGGCAGAACACAGCUUCCUGCAACACACCGCUGGCUCACUCUCGGAAUCUGUGACCCAGGACGCAGACGUCGUCAAGCUGGAGGACGACAGGGUGGAAGCGAAGACAACGAUGCAAGAAGGCCGAGUAUUCCUGCAGACGGCUGGGAUGUAUUGAAGAAAGAUGGCUGACACAUUUGAACUUUUCCACUGUUCUCUACCUUUAAUUUAUUGCAUUUAUCACCCAAACCCUGGCAUUAGUAGCCACAAUUCCUUUGUUUUUAUGGUGUGUCUGUUUGCGUUUCUUUCAACCGAAAUCCUAAUUAAAUAGGAGCAUAGUUGUCAUUUAUCUGGGCGCGAGUGGUCACUAUAACUUGUAACCCAGCUGUGUACAUAAAUAGUCAUUGCUUUUUAUUGUUAUAAUCCAGAAAAAGCAUGUUGUAUAGUCAGUACAUGUAUGGUGUAUGUUAUGCAGUAGGUCAGUUUGA